AUACCUUUUGUUACACAUGAUAUAAAUAAUUCACAUCAGUAGUAAUUAGAUUUAGAUAAUAUUCAAUACGUAGUUAUAACUAACAUUAUUUUUAUAAAGUAAAAAAGCAAAGUAUGUUAUAUCUAAUAUUAAUUUACUUAAUUCAUUGGAUUGUUGUUUCAUUGUUUGUGAAUAUAAUGAUUCAACAACGGUAACCAUAGAAACUGGCAGAGACACGAAUGUAAUUUAAAAAGAAGACACAAUAUUUGAACCAAUAAUAAUAUUAUUAUAGUUCAAUUAAUAUAAUAUGUAUAUGUGCGUAAAUAGUUAAAGCCUUUAUUAUAAAUAUGGAAUCAUACUUGGACGAAGUAAACAACAACAGAAAUAUGGGUAUAACAACACUAUUGGAAGAUACAGUCAAAAACCGGAAUUUGGAUCAAAUCACUUCACUUAAAUUACAAGCUCCUAUGUCUGUAAACCGUUUGUGUAUGUUGGGUACUUAUGUACCUAAUUUGGUAGAGCUUGAUUUAACAGACAGUUUUCUACCAUCAUUCAGAGAUUUUGCAUUUAAACUUGAUAAUUUGAAAGUUCUAAAAGUAGCCUCCUGUCACCUAAAGUCAUUGGAUGGAGUUUGGAACAUUCCAAACUUGGAAGAAUUAUUUGCCUCUGACAAUGAUAUUAAUGAUCUAAUGCUAUGCUCUACAUUGGUUAAACUUAUCACUCUAGAUUUAUCUAGAAAUAAAAUCAUGGAUUUGACAAGGUUACACUUUUUAAACUUUUGCGAACAAUUACAAAGUUUAUCUUUGUCGGGAUGUCCAGUGGCUAAAGUUGAAAAUUUUGAGAAAAAUGUCCGCAAUAUUUUACCAAACUUGAAUCAUUUUAAUGGAAAUCAAACUUUGGAAAUCGAGCAAGUUAAACCAAAGUUGACCAUUGAAUCAAUAGUUUGUGGCAAUAUAACUACUGCAUUACGAAGCAGAAAAACUAUCUACAGUGGAAAUAAGGAAGUGCAGAUUGGAGAUAGAAAUAAAGUAUUGAAUGAUGAAAAGAAGUAAAUACAUUAUAUAGUGUACAAAACAACUUCAAACUAUAUAACUAGUUUAACAAUAUAGUAUUUCAUUAAUAACAAUAGCAAUUACAUUUAAAAAGAGCAC